UCUAGAGAAGACGACUGGAAAUAACCGCAAGCCCCAGACUGGAAAUAUCCGCAAGCCCCAGAAUUGUUUCUACACUUGUGACUUAAAAAAAAAAAUACACAGCAGGAUAUGACACGAUCGUCAGCCAUAAACAUAUCAGCGAAAUCACAUGGAGGUGCUCUUGCGCUCACAUGACAGACUGCACCAUGGCAGGAGAGAUCAAUGAAGGCUCAGUUCCUGCCUAUUACAGGGAAGUAUUUGAGGCCAUCUGCUGUAGGACAGAUGACAGAGUGCAGGUUGAAGUUUUUCAGCGGUUGCUCCAAAGGACCGAUCUCUCCAAGGCGGUUUUAGGCCAGAUUGCUGAGCAUGUCGACUCUACGGACGGAUUCCUGAGCAAAUUGUCUCUCUAUAAAGCACUCGCUUUGAUUGCCUUUGCUCAGAAGGGAAAGCAGCCGAGCCCCAAACUGCUGGAGAACUGCAUACAAGAGUUGCCAAAACCUCUGCUUGGGGAGCCGAGGGAUUUGAGUGCGUUGAGGAUGCAGCCGGCUCAGGAGGACGUACUGAAGCUGUCGCAGACGCUGGACAAACUGUUGUCCAGAGACACGGUCCAGGUGGAGCUCAUACCUGAGAAGAAGGGCCUGUUCCUCAAGCAUGUGGAGUACCAGGUCACCAGCCAGCGAUACAAGAUAUCAGUGUACAGACGCUACAGCGAUUUCGAUGUCUUCCACGAGGUUUUGCUUCAGAGAUUUGCCUACAGAGUGGUGCCGGCACUACCACCUAAAAGAAUGUUGAAAGGAGUCCUGACCUCUGUCUCUGAGCGGGAGUUCAUUGAGGGGCGAAGACGUGCUCUCCACCGAUUCCUUAACCUGGUGGCGCGGCAUCCCUUCUUCUCAGAGGACGAGCUGGUCAAGACUUUCCUCACCUUCAGCGGCUCCGAUGUUCAGACUAAGCUGCGUGACACUUACAAGAAAACGGGCGAUGAGUUCAUGACCAACAGAAUUGCAACACUAGCAAAGGAAUAUCUCCCAUCUGACAUUCAAGCCCAGUUCUCGACAAGCAGAGAGCUGAUCAGAAACAUCCACAACAGUUUCAACAAGCUGCGCGACAGAGCCGAGAAAAUGGCUGAGCGCUCGAAGGAGAAUGCCACAGAUCUUCUCAUGUUUGGCAGAGAACUCAGUACGCUGGGCUCAGACUCUUCGUCUCUUCCCGCCUUGGCCUCCUCACAGAGCACCUGGGGGACCCUGCGUCAGUCUCUGAAGAGUCUGUCUGUGGAGUUCGCUGUGUUGUCUGACAAAGCUGCUCAGCAGGGCAGACGGGAAGAGGAUGAUGUCGUGGAAAAACUGAAUGUUUUCCUGGAUUUGCUCCAAUCAUACAGAGAUCUGUGUGAGCGUCACGAGAAAGGCGUGCUCCACGAGCACCAGAGAGCUCUGCACAAAUACGGCAUGAUGAAGAGGCAGAUGAUGAGCGCCUCGGUGCAGCCCAAAGAGCAGGCGUCUGUGGAGCAGCUGGAGUCAAGAAUUGUUCAGCAAGAAAACGCCAUUCAGACCAUGGAGCUGCGGAACUACUUCUCCCUGUUCUGCCUUCAUCAGGAGACCCAGCUUAUCUUCAUCUACCUUCCAAUCACAUCCCACAUUCUGGGCGCUUUUGUUAACUCUCAGGUCCAAGGACACAGAGAGAUGGGCGAGGUUUGGAACGACCUCCAGCCAAAGCUCGGGUGUCUUUUUGGUGCUAAUAAUGGACUGAAGCCCCCCAUAUGAAAAACCUGAAAACUCGAGGAGAAGGAGAGAAACACAGCCAGGGAUGAGGAACACAACCAGGAAAAAUAACUUGCUACAGACAAUGUACAACGCCAAACUAUUCGAUCUUCUACAAAGUCAUCAAACAUUCCAGUUAAUAAGAGGAUUUUUUUUUUAGAAAUGUAAACUGAGUCUCUACUUCUUUAAUUGUUUUUGGAUUGAUCAUCAACUCUGGAACUGGAAAAAGAUAACGGGCUCAUAAAUCAGACAUUUCAUGCUCGGCUGGAUGAGGAAAUAAUUUCCACUUCAAAAUCAAGAAAGGAAAAAAAGCUUCUAAAUGUUAUUUUACAAGGGACCAGCCAGCAUGUCAGCUGUGAAGGAUGACAGUAUAUUCUUGCAUUCCAACUCAUUUCUAAAGGCAUCUGUUUAUAUAUUAACCUUGUAAGAAGUUUUAUACACUUAGAUUGUUGAGUAAAUGUAGGAGGGAUAGAAAGUUUGACUGUUAAAUGUUGAGGUUAUUCUAAAGCUCCAUUCCUGAAGGUUUCUGGUUUUACACACAGAAUCAUUUUACACCAAUGUAUUUUUGAUACAGAUGUCAGUUUAUAAGGAUGUGGAGCCGCAUGCUGUUGAUUCUCUUUCUCUCGCUGUAAUGGAGCUUACCUUUGCUGUGGAGCAACAUAUUUGCAAUUUCUGCUUUCCUAUUUCAGUUUGUCAGCUGUUUUAUAAAAGCCUGUUCUCAAAGUGAACAAUACUACAAAGGGCAGAUUUUGACAUGUGAAAUGGCACAAUGUAAAAAAAAUAAAAUAAAACACUAUAAGCUAUCUGUUAACUGCCAAAUAUGUAUGAUAGGAAUUAAUCUUACACACAGCUCUGCAAAAUUCACAUGACAGCAUUUUCUACAGAGUUAAGAAAUAAUCACUUCGUUUAUGUCCUACAAUCACUGGAAAUGUUCGGCAUCAACAUAGAUUAAAUGAAUAAUUGUUGUGUAUCGGCACAAACUAAAUCUGUAUAUUGUUUUAUACCUUUCCGAACACGAUUAGAAUUUCUGCUUUUCAGACAACUAGCAUGAAAAACAACCCAGACACUUUGCAUGUUUUAUUACAAAAACCCCACAGGGACGAUUUGACAUAUGAAGGCUCAGACUUUGAAAGAUGCAUAAACACAUCUCAUCUCAAAUACUCUCCAAUUGUGUUCAAAUGAAUGAUGACAGAGUGCAGAUCAUGUGCACAUAUGCGACAUUUACUUUAUUUAGAAAGAAACUGUUUUUUUUUGUUGUUAUUAAUAUUGGGAAUGGAGUUGACUUAAACACAGAAUAGGAGACCCAAUAUAAAAAUAUCUCUGUAGAUACUGUAAAUAGUCUUUAAGAAGUCUUUGCUGCAUUGGGUUAAAUCAGAUACUCUCAGAAAUAAAAUCACAUAAUGGGU